GUGUAUAUUCCAAGCACACAGAAGAAAGGACGCGACCGAGCGAGACGCCGCGACUGCCUUCGCAGGUAAACGCGCGCCCGCGCCGCCAGUCUCAGACACGCGCCCCGUGAGCGCCCGCGUCCUACGACCGACAUUCCGCGAUCACCUGCCCAUAAAACAACAACAAUACGAAACAAAACGUUCGGUUUAUGACGAUAAGCACAAACAGAAAAGUCCUUGAAUCAGAACCCUGUGUUUUCUAGUGCAACAGUGAGAACAAAUACAUAAUCACAAUCCAGUUAAUUGCGCGAAUGCCACGGUCUACAACCUACGCAGCCGGCGUCCCCCACCUCCGUUCAUUCAAGGACCAAUCGUUGAACUCAUGCUGCUGCCGCUUUCGUGCUGUAGUCGUAAUUCACUGUUGUUUUGGAAAUAAACUUUUGACCACCGCAGCAAUGAAGACGUUGAGCUGACGGCCGCAUGUAAAUCUGUCUCAACGACAAUGUCAAUCAAUCAGAACGUGGGCCAAUUCAAUAAGCAAAAACAACAACUAGGUAAACAGGGCUCGACGGAACCGGUCAACUUUCCUCCACGGUAUCAUCCGCCUCCGCCGGCCAACGGUGGCCCCAAACUAAACACUGUGGAUCUGGCUGUCAAAGAGUUUAAACCUCCAUACGCAACAAAAAGUAUUGAUCCCAAUAAGUUAUCGUAUCCUUACGGGGUCGGGGGACACGGAAUUGGACCCGGCCCAUAUCCCAGUGGUUCUGUACCAUUCGUAAAAUAUCCUCAAGGAUAUCCACAAGGAUACCCACUCCCUCCAGGUGCUUUGCGUUUAAUCCGACCACCAGCAGAAGUGAUAACAAAAGCUAUUGUGCACGAAUCAGAACCAACAACUAGAGCACGUAGUGCGGACGAUACACAGAGAGCUCAAAGGAACAUCGAAGAGGAACAGAUUCAUCGACGAUCAGCCGAUAUGUUAAAAUUUACGAAACGAGUUGAACCUGAUGGCCCUCGAGCUUCGACGGAUCAAAGGAGGCAAAUACAAACACUUUUAGAUGAAAUAAAAGCAUUGAAAGAAGCCAACCGUCGAUUGAGUGAUGACAAUCAGGAACUUCGUGAUUUAUGUUGCUUUUUGGAUGAUGAUAGACAGAAAGGUCGGAAGUUAGCUCGCGAAUGGCAAAGGUUCGGUAGAUAUACAGCAUCUGUGAUGCGUCAAGAAGUAUCAGCAUAUCAAAACAAACUACGGGAAUUAGAUGACAAACAACAGGAGCUUAUUCGCGACAACUUGGAAUUAAAGGAGUUGUGUUUAUACCUCGAUGAAGAACGGGAAAGAACAACUUGUACAAACUGCGGCAGAACGUCAGGUAGAGAACGAGAUGAUGGAGAUGGUAGCAGCAGCGGCACGAAUGUGGAAGAAGGUCCCAGAGCAGCACCCAAUGUGACCAUCACUCACCCACAACUCGCAGAGAGGACGGUGCAGUACGUUCGAGAUUUGGAACAAAAAGUGCGCCGACUGGAAGCUGAAAAAGGCUUAGGUGGGGGCAUUAAUGAAAGACCGGAGGCAGUUGUCCGGGCUCUACAGGUACUAGAAGUACGAGAACGAGUUGAAAGGGAAAGGCGACGGCCCGCACCUGACAUGGAUUCAGGAGAGCAAGCUUUAGUACGCGAAAUGUGCAAUGUAGUGUGGGGUAAACUUGAGGACGCCCCUCCGCAGGCACCUCCCCGUUGAGUGAUAUUAUAUUCCUACUAUAAACCACAUUGUCAGUGAUGAAUUACAAAACCACAGUCUUAGUGAAAAGUGUAGACUGUAAAUAGUAUGUUGUUGGAAUGCCACUCGAUCGAGGCCACGGCAUCGAGUCUCGUGACCCAAAGAAAAGAAUUAAGUGCUUGACCUUGUUUAUCAAUCGAACAUAACAGAACUUUGGCUGCUUACUUAGUAGUAAAUGAAUGAAAAGCCCAUUAUAGUGGGACGCCAUCUUGCCAUUGAUUAACAAGCAAAAAGUUUAAUAAAAUUAUUUUUAUAGAAAAUCAAAGUACAAAAUAGGAAUUUAUGUAAUGUAGACUUUGCAAAACGUAACGAUACGUUUAUGUUUCAUAUAUUUUAAUGUAAAUGAGUUAAACGUUUCGGUCAGAUUACUUGAUACCUACUCGAAGCAUGUUUCAAUAAAAAAUCUGCAUCUAUUGAUAUUUCUGUCGUCUCCUAUAGGUAUAAAAAGAGUUUUAUUUUCGAUAUGACUUUAUCAGUUAAUACGAGGCUAUGUGUUACAAAUUUGGUAUUGUUUGCGAUUACUUUUGCUAUUUCAAUCACAUUUUUUCUGUUUUAGAACUUUAUCAACGCUUCAAUCUAACUCUAAUUCCCAUAAUUUCUAGUCAGUGUGUAUCUUCAUAACUUGCCUGUUAAUUUUAUAAUGUCUGAGCCAUUCUUGCUUUGUGUUUGCUUCAUUUGCGUUUUUAAUUAGUGUAGAAUUAGUUUUUAGUAAUUUAUUACAAAUUAUUUGUGAGAAAUAA